AUGUACGGUAGGUCCAAUACCAUUCAUGAAGUUGUUGUUGACUACACUCCCAACCAUGACAGCGAUUUCUCUGUCCCAAUUCGAGUCCAAUUUGGCCCUGGUUUUAGGUCCAACGAACGAUCCAGGAAGUUGGGAGCCUCUGCCCACGGCUUGCCUAAUUGCAUCGCCGACGUUGUUUUUGUUCGCUUUGAGAGUCCUUGCAACAGCACCUCCACGGGUGAUAAUGUCUUGUACACGCGUGGAUAG